GCUGUGCGCGUGUGUGGCGAAGCCGUGUGGCGAGGCGGCAGGAAGAGCCAAACCAGUGAGAGGUUGCAGUGGCAGUGGGUCGUGUGGAUUCCUUCUGAGGAGGAGGAGAGCGUGUUGGUGCCAUGGAAGGGGAAAAGAGCAGCAGAAGGAGCUGCUCCACUCAGACCUGUUUCAGUGAAGAUUUAGGCGAAGACUCGCAGCUGGAUUAUCUCAGUGCUCAGGAGGAGUAUGAGGAGGACAGGAGUGAGUUUUCUGUGCUGGGGGAGGUCGGAGAAGCGAAGGACCUGCCACUGACUGCUGACAAGGUGCAGCCCCAAAUCACAGCGGGGGGAGAAGGGUCUGGAAAGAGCAAAAGACGCACCCAGAGCGUGGCCCUGGAUCCAGACGUGCCUUUCCUGCCCCUUUCCGGGGAAAAGGCCCAGCUCAGCAGGCAGGCAGAGCCCUCCAGUCCCAGCGGCCGUGAGGAGCCCGCGCUGCGCACGUGUGCUGCCAGCGGCACUGCGGAGGACGGUGAAACCCGCUUCCCGGUCCCUGAAACCCUCCCCAGCACGCAUCCCAUUGCCGGCAUGGAAGCUGCGGAUAAAUGCUCAGGUGGGAGCCCCAGUGCCGAGGAGUCGGAGCGCGGUGAAGCGCUGGGGAGCGUUCCCGGUGCUGACUCCAGAGCUGCCGUCCCGACGGGCAGGGGCAGCCGUGCCUGGCUCUGUGUGCGCUCCAGGGCAGUGAACACGGAGGUAACCAUGAUGAACAGAGCUCCACCCCUGGCGUGGCUGGCUCAAACCACCGCGGACGCUGCUUCCAACACGGAAUGGUCCAUCAGAGCUCAGAGCUCCCGGCAGGAAUCAAAAGAUCAUCUGUGCAUCUGUGACUGGAAGACAGGCACCAGCAGGCCAGCCUAUCCCAACAAGAAUACUUGGAAGAAUUCUGUGUCAGGCUGCUGUCAGAACGUCCUGCAGAGAGCGGCUGAAGCAGAGCUGCAGCUCCUGGCUGCCCACUACGACCUGUGCUACCAGCACUGCUUCAAGGUUUAUGAGCUGGCUUUGCAGGAAAACACCCAUUUUGGGAGAUGUGAGAAAAAGCCUGAGUUACAUUCAUCUCUCACGUUGGUUUUGGAUGAGCUGGACAAUAAUUACAGCUACAUGAAAAAGAAAAUAAACAUGGGCAUACCUUUAAAUGAACUUCCACCACUGUCAGUUGAGCUGAAGCUUUCCCCAAUCUCUUCCUUUUACGUCCCCUCCAAGUUUUUUGGAAGGAGUCUUUACUCUGAGCGGGUACAUGAUAGAACAUGUUCAGGAACCCUGUCCAGUGACUUUCUUGAUCUUUCAGGUGGAGGGAGAGCUGACUCUGAAGAACCCAAACUGCAAGAAAAAGGGAUUUCUGUCAAUAUGGACGAGUUGCAGACUGAUGGGGAUCCGCCGGGUGACUCUGCCUCCCCGGAGACAUGGGAAGAGCAGCCCAAAGAUCAGGCUCUGGAGCGUGAAUUCCCAGCUGGUAAUGUCACCUCUUCGAUAUGUAGUACCAAGAGAUGCUGUGUGAAAAAUGAGGAAGGGAGUGAGUAUUGGUUUGAUGCUAAGGAAGACUUGUCAGUGGGAGAUCUUUCAGUAAAGUGCAAAGAAACGAAAAAGCAGCAAGGAAAGCAAGACUCGAUUGACUCAAGAGAAGUGAAGACAGUGAAGAGUGGGAAUGAACAUUCUUCUGCUCAUGUUGGUGGCCCAAAACCCUCAGUGCCUGAGGAUCCUGGGGAAAAUUCCCUGCAGAAGACAUCCACUUGUUCCUCUGUUGGCCAGUCUGGUAUCUUUGUUUCUCCUUAUGCCCUGAACUUGAGCAGCUUUACCAAGUUAAUAAAGAGGCUUCAAGAAAGGCAUCCAGGUUUUAGCAAACAGGAAAUUGUGGAGGCUGUGCAGGAGGUGAGGAGAAUCAACAAAGGUGUCCUGAGUGGCUUAUCCAUCAGUUCCAUUGAGGAGAAGACCUCUGCCAUUCUGAGGAGAUCGGUGUGCUGUGCUCAGCAGGAGUAUGAUUAUUUGGUUUUGCAGUGGUGCGUGGGCUCUGCAGUCCUAAUUGUUCCUAUUGCACGCCGCGGGCGCGGAGCCCGCCCGGCCCGGGAGCGGAGCCGCUCCUGCCGCGGGGCCAUGGCCCUGCUCCCGCGGCGCUUCCUCUGCUUCGUCCUGGCCCAGCACUUCAUCGCGGCCACGGCGUGCCAGGAGGCCGACUACGGCUGGAUGAUCCGGCACUACUGCCUCAAGCAGUUCCAGCUCAGCAUGGAGGGCAUCGGCCAGCGCCUCUGGUGCGACUGGGACGAGACCGUGGGCACCUACGGGGAGCUGACCAACUGCACGGCGCUGAUCGCAGAGAGGCUCGACUGCUACUGGCCCAACCGGCUGGUGGACGAGUUCUUCGUGGCCGUGCACAAGCAAUACUUCAGGAACUGCUCCCCGUCGGGCCGGGCCCUGCACGACCCCCCGAACGGCGUGCUGUGCCCCUUCAUCGUGCUGCCCGUGCUCGUCACGCUGCUGAUGACGGCGCUCGUGGUGUGGAGGAGCAAACGCAGCGAGGGCAUCGUGUAGGCACGGCGGCGCCGGGCGGGGCUCCCCGGGAAGGUGGCCGGCGUUCGGGAGGAGGAUCGCCGAGGGAAGGAGCCCCGGAGCACGGACAGCAUCGCCGCCGCUCCUGCGGCCCGCUGGUUCCCAGUAGAUGUCAUGGAAGCGACGGGUGUCGGGCAGAACGGGCAGCGGGGACUCCGCCUCUCCCUGCCGCUCCCGGUGCCAAACGGGAAAAACUCAAAGGGAAAAUCCAGACCCGAGGGGGAUGCGGGCAGCUGGAAUCCUGCCAGCCCCGCGGGGCCGGCCCGGCAUCGACACACGCGAGACCGGCGGGUCUGGGAGCGCCUGAACAUCUUCCUCUCUCUGUGCUGUUUGGGUUUCCCCCACCCGUGGAAAGGCACCUUCUCGCUGGGUUGUGCCGGGGACGUGGGGAACAACGCGGGCAAGCCUGCCGUGCUGCCCCGGGGCUAGCAAGGAACGGGAGUAAGGUGCUUCUCCUACCUAAAUAAAUAAAUACACACAUGAAUAAA